AUGACAAUCCGACACCAAGGCCAGCAGUACAGGCCGAGGAUGGCCUUUCUCCAAAAGAUUGAAGCACUAGUGAAGGACAUGCAGAACCCAGAGACGGGGAUCCGUAUGCAGAACCAGAGGGUCUUGGUCACCAGCAUCCCUCAUGCCAUGACAGGCAGUGACGUUCUGCAGUGGAUUGUCCAGCGGCUGUGGAUCUCCAAUCUGGAGGCCCAGAACUUGGGCAACUUUAUUGUCAAGUAUGGCUACAUUUACCCGCUGCAAGACCCCAAGAAUCUUGUUCUCAAACCUGACGGCAGUCUCUACCGAUUUCAGACGCCAUAUUUCUGGCCCACCCAGCAGUGGCCAGCUGAAGAUACGGACUAUGCCAUCUAUCUAGCCAAACGAAAUAUCAAGAAGAAAGGCAUUUUAGAAGAGUAUGAAAAGGAAAAUUACAAUUUCUUGAACAAAAAGAUUAACUACAAGUGGGACUUUGUCGUUAUGCAGGCCAAAGAGCAGUACAGGGCUGGAAAAGAAAGGAACAAAGCAGACAGGUAUGCCCUGGAUUGCCAGGAGAAGGCAUACUGGCUGGUCCACCGAUGCCCUCCAGGAGUGAACAAUGUUCUGGACUAUGGCCUGGACCGAGUGACCAAUCCAAAUGAAGUUAAGGUAAACCAGAAACAAACAAUCACUGCUGUCAAAAAAGAGAUCAUGUAUUACCAACAGGCUUUGAUGAGGUCCACGGUGAAGUCCUCGGUGUCCCUUGGAGGGAUUGUCAAGUACAGUGAGCAGUUUUCUUCCAACGAUGCCAUCAUGUCAGGGUGCCUCCCCAGCAAUCCUUGGAUAACAGAUGACACCCAGUUCUGGGAUUUAAAUGCCAAAUUGCUAUUCCUGGCCCCAGGGGCGAGGCGAUGGAUAAACAUAGACGGCAAGACCAUGGACAUCACGGUCAAAGGGCUGAGGCAUCCCCACCGCUAUGUGCUGGAUGCUGCACAGACCCACAUCUACAUGCUCAUGAAGAAGGAUUCCUAUGCUCGCUACUUAAAAUCUCCAAUCUAUAAGGAAAUGUUGGCCAAGGCAAUCGAGCCUCAGGAAAGUGCCAAGAGAAGCUCGAGCCUCCUGUUCAUGCGGCGCCACCUGCGCUCCAGCCCGAGCCCCGUCAUCCUGAGGCAGCUGGAGGAAGAAGCCAAAGCGCGAGAAGCCGCCAACACCGUGGACAUCACCCAGCGGCACCAGCACACCGCUCCCAGCCCCCACCUGGCAGUGUACACCGGGACGUGCGUGCCCCCCUCACCCUCCAGCCCCUUCUCCUCGUCCUGCCGCUCUCCGAGGAGGCCUUUCCCCUCACCUGGACGCUUCAGACGGCCCAGCAGCACUAUCUGCCCCUCGCCCAUUAGGGUGGCCUUGGGCAGCUCCCCGGGCCUGGAGCAGGAGGGUGAGACCAGCGGGUCCAGCACCCACCGUGGGCCCUCCGUCACCGAGGGCAGCGAGGCCUCCCUGGACUCAGAGCUGAGCUCAGGCUUCCCUCGGCCCUGCACCCAGCCCAGGGCGCCACCCAAGAUCCGCGUGGCUCUGUCUUUCAGCCGGUUUCUGAGGCGCGGCUGUUUGACUUCUCCCGUCUUUGCCAGGCUCUCACCCAAGUGCCCCCCUGUGCCCCAUGGCAAGGUGCAGCCCCUGGGUGAUGGGGGCCAGCAGCUGCCCCGGCUGAGACCCAAGAAGGUGGCCAACUUUUUCCAGAUCAAAAUGGACGUGCCUACAGGGAGCGGGGCCUGCCUGGUGGACUCUGAGGAGGAUGGCAUCGUAGGCGAGUCUGGGGACCAAGAAAAGGAGGUCAUCUGCCCCUGGGAGAGCCUGGCUGAUGGGAAAGCAGGCUGA